AUCGUUUCUUUUUCUCUUUUCUUUUUUUUUCCUUCCUUUUCCCUCAUUCUUUCCAAAUCUGUAAUUGCUUACUUUAUCCUUAUUCUUAUUUUCCCUGUUCAUCAUUACAAUUUUCUUAACUGUUGUCCCUGUAUUCCGUUUUCCUCAAUUUUCAUUUUUUAUCUCGCUUUAGUCAUCCUGAUCGCUCUUUCCCAUCGUGUUCAUCAUGGAAGAUGUUCAAUCUUCUUUGGCUUUUGCUCUUGAGUACCAACAGCAGGGCCAACUAAAGGACGCUUACAUGACCUAUCUGUCCACGGCACAACAAGCUUUAAGAACGUUUUUCGAUGUCCGGUUCGUCCAUUGUUCCAUCGUAUCUCCACCUCCGGAUUAUCAUUCAUCGUUGACCGUCAUACGAGAAUGCUUGAAGCAUCUCGAGAGUAUGCUGGAACCGCAUGGCGGUCCUACUACUUCAGUGCAGAAUCGGAACGUAGUAGAUAACGCUUAUACUGGCGUUCAUCAAGUGAAAAAAAUACCGCCACCACCCGUACCACCAAAACCAUCUGUUGUUCACCAUAUAAAGCCUGUGUUACCACCGAAACCCAUGCGCACCAAUCCCUGUCGGCCCCCUUCCUCAUUUUCCUUGUCAUCCAAAGAAGCCGGCCCGUCGCCGGUUGAGCCCACGGCUCCGUGGACCCAAUCACAUCCCCGUUAUCACGUACGGACUCAAAGCAUGCCAUCCACCGCUUCAUAUCCAUCUCCAUCGGAUCAUGCAGACGAGGAUAGCAGUACCUCGGUUCUUUACGAAGAUGGUCAAGUGGAUCCGACUCACCUUGUGCCAGCGCAAACCCAUCAUGGUGAUACACUUAUUCCUCUUUCCUCUUCACCUCAGCACGAUCAUGUACCUCUGAUACCUAUACCCCCUUUACUUACCACGCAUCGCAUACUGCAAUCAAAGCUGGACGAGCUCGAGCUUGCAUUGAAAGACUAUAGAGAAAGAAAGCAACAAGCACAAAAUGACCCUCUCACCGAAGAUGAGCUGAACCAGGCCAUUCUUCGAUAUACCCCCUACAUAGCCGAAGCCAAGCAUACGUUGAACCGUGUUCGUACGUUGUAUAUGAGCGCAGCCACCAUUCCUACCAUUCUUCACUUCCAACCUUCACUGGUAGCCUAUCAGUUGACCACGAUUGAAUCGGCUAUUUUCCGCGCUAUUCCCAGCCAUGCUCUGCUCGAACAUCAUCCCAGGACACCCCAUCCACGGGUCGUCGCUUCGACCGACUUUUUCAACUUUAUCACACGAUCGAUCGAGCAUUCCAUCUUACUUCCUCAAGAAGCGUCAUCUCGUGCUCAACAUAUCAACCACUGGAUCACCAUAGCAUCCAAAUGCCAUGAAUUCCGUAACUAUCAAUCGUUGAAAGCCAUUGUCUGCGCGCUAGGUACGCCUCCCGUAGAGCGAUUACGACGAACGUGGGCUUACAUUCCCAAAAAGAGCAUGGCCAAGCUCGAUUCAUUGAUGGAACUCAUGUCCGAAGCCGAAAACUACGGUCGAUAUCGAGAACACAUGGGUAUGGUCAGUACCACAGUGGUGAAUGGCAAAAGCGUGGCAAGCAUUCGUGCCCAGUGUUACAGCCAACCCACGGUGCCAUUUCUCGGCACUUUUAUCCAUGAUAUGACGUAUCUGAUCACCGCCGUCAAACAACAGCAGCAACAGCAACACCAACCAUCAGAAAACGUUGUGGCGGACGAUCCUCGCGUGGCCGAUUUAUUGCACAUGAUGGAACAAUUCCAGGCGUGUCCGGCCUAUCCUUCGUCUCCCCCGUCCAACUAUGUCCGAUUUAAACGGUCUUCACCCACCAAACACCAUCAUGGCUCCCAUCAUCCUCACCAUCACAUUCGUCCUGUGCUUUCAAAAGCCCUGCAACGGAGCAAAUCCGGCAUUGGACGUCUCAGCGGUGGUGCCUCGUCUCUAUUUGGUAACAACCACAAUAACAGCAGUAGCACCAGUAUCCAUACACAACAGAGUGUGGGUCAUAUGGGAAACACUGACAAACAUGAUGGAAAGGACGAUGAUGACCUGGAUGAACAACAGAAAUUGAUUACCCAUUUUAUUCUGAUGCGGCCCUGGGUAAGCGAGGCAUUGGUCGAUGAACUAAGUACGUUACGUGAGCCACCAAGACAGAAGAGCAUGUCUUUCGGUCGAGUUAGUUCUGGUACUUGCAGCGGUCAGUAUUCCAGUUCGGUUCUCAGCAAUGCCAGUUCGAUUAUGCGAUUCAGUAUCAGUGGCACAAGCGACAGCCGUCCUAGCAGCGUCGAUGAUACAUUUUACGAUGAGACUGGCGCUGGUGUAAAACAUACUAUCGAUCGCGGCCGACCUCAAGGAAUGGAUAAUGAUGUCGAGGAUCUUUCUCAGGCCACAUCAGGCAUGUGGCCUUACAGCGUCCCAGAUGACGCGUAUGAUGAGGAUGAGGAGGGAGGCCGUGUUAGUAUGGAGAACACGAGUGGUUCACAUCAAUAUUGGGAAACCCCUCCAACGAUACCCCCUCGUCCCUCCAUCCGUCCGAUAAAGUCCUACAAUGAUCGGUGAAAAUUUUAAAUGUUCUGCGUCAAAAAAAUCAUCGAUAUUGCUGGGCAACUUCGAAUGAUGUGACGAGUUAUACUUUGUCUUUGUAAUAUGUACCAUUCGGCAUGUAUUGUUGAUAUUUCCGUUAUAAAAACAAUUUGGAUAGAAUAGAGCUUCAAGGUGUCACCGCAGCAUUGACUGCAUGCUGCAAGUAUUU